AUGAAUCUGGUGCUAAAGACAGCAGAGAACUUUUGUGCUCUGAGCACUGUGGAGGAAGGAUUUGGUUAUAAAGGUUCCUGCUUUCACAGGAUUAUUCCAGGAUUUCUGUGCCAGGGUGGUGACUUCCCACACCAUAAUGGCACUGGGGGCAAGUCCAUCUAUGGGGACAAAGUUGAUGAUGAGGAUUUCAUCCUGAAGCACACGGGUCCUGGCAUCUUGUCCGUGACAAAUGCUGGACCCAACACAAACAGUUCCCAGUUUCUCAUCUGCAUGGCCAAGACAGAGUGGUUGGCUGUUUGGCAUGUGGUCUCUGGCAAGGUGAAAGAGGGCAUGAAUAUUGUGGAAGCGUAG